CGUUUUUGUGCGCCCUACCAACCCGCCGUUUUCUGCCUGCCGUACCCCGCCACGCCGCCAGACCCAGCCGUGCGCCGCCGGACCCGAGAGAGCACCCUGCUCUGUCUCUCCAUCCAGGCAUUAUGACCCCAGAACAGCUUAAGGCGUGACCUCCAACCCUUGUGUGCUACUGCGCAAAAAAACGGCGUGUCCAGCAAAGUCCUCCAUGCAUCCCGGCGGUCAGGAGGUCAGCAGUCAUGUGACCUACGCCGGAAUCCCGACACCACUCGGAAUCCCAGCACCAGAACACUGAACGUCGGCAUCCCGAAGCAGCUGCCACUUGAGGGCGAAGCAAAGCUCAGCCUACUGUUCCCCGGCACAGUUACACCUGCUCCCGAAUCCGACAAGGUGGCAUCUCCGGUGCUAAGGAGAGCUGAGGGGGCCUGCACCUGGGUCCGUGUGCCUCCCUCUCUUACUCAGAGCGGCUGUGGUAAGCGCCCCCUGGUGGAGAGCUAUGGCAGCAUGCGGAUUGUCGGGGGAGUGGAUGCUCAGCCAGGAGCUUGGCCAUGGCUGGUGAGCAUACAGAUCCCUACUCGGACUGGUCAUCGCCACUCAUGUGGAGGAACGCUUCUUAGUGAGGUGUGGGUAAUGACAGCAGCUCACUGCUUCAAAGCCAUGCAGAGGUAUGUGGACAAGUGGAAAAUCGUUGUGGGUGGUUUCCAGUUGUCUGAGUUAUCCAGUGAGGUCCAGAUACGAUCUGUCAAGUCGUACGUUCAGCAUGAGGAAUACAACCCGCGCAUAGAGGCCAAUGACAUUGCAAUGAUUGAGUUGAAUUCACCUGUGAAGUUUGAUGAUUAUGCUCAGCCGGCCUGUCUUCCGAGGGCCACCCUGAACAUCACCUUUUUGCAUCCAUGCUAUAUAAGUGGCUGGGGAGUCAUGGCGGAGAACAGUGUGGAAACAGCAGAUGUCCUACAGGAGGCUAAGGUGAACCUGAUUGGACUGCAGAAGUGUAACAGCUCUAAAUGGUACCAUGGGAGUAUCCGGAAGUACAAUCUGUGUGCAGGGUAUGAGGAAGGUGGUAUUGACAGCUGCCAGUAUCCAAUGUUCAUACGUCCGUCUCUGCUCUCCCGUGGCCUCUGCACCAAGAACCCCCAGCACUGUCCUAGUGAAGCCCUAUCCCCUGAGACCGAAAAACGUUGUCGGGAGAUCCUGAGCAGAAGCCCUCUCCCCCAGCGGGCAUCAGCUGGCGUUCUGGUGACCCUAUGCACCUUCCGAGGGGCUCCCUCCUUCCUGUACACCUUGCGCUCCUCCAAACUGAAAGGGAGACAUAAGGGUGAUGUCAGUUUCCCAGGAGGGAAGUGUGAUGCAUCAGACAGAGAUGUCAUAGACACUGCAUUACGGGAGGCACAGGAAGAACUUGGGGUGGCAAUCUCCCGUGACAACGUCUGGGGCCACAUGAAGCCAAUCACAGAUUGGACUGGGAUGGUAAUAGUACCCGUAUUAUCAAAUAUAGGAUGUCUGGAGGAUUUGGCAGCAAAGCCCAAUCCAGAAGAGGUGGAGUCUCUUCUUACACUUCCGCUUUCCCUGGCAUGUACAAACUCUGCCCGUGGGUACACGUGCUUCCGCCAGCAUGGACGCUACUCCUACACCCUACCAGUCUUCCGGCUGCCAGGGCACAAGGUGUGGGGGCUUACAGCCAUGAUGACAGACUCGGCCCUUUCCCUGCUGUUCCCCAGCUCGUAUAGCAGUGUCCUCUGUGGACCUCACUCCAGAUAGCACAGCCACUGUACUGACUGGGCACCUCAGUGCUGCUGUCCAUCCCAACAGGAAACAGAAGAGACUUUCCUUCCAUGGAGACUACAAGUGCAGCACCAUGAGCUGUUUAUUACUGAUCGCACAAACUUCUGGACAACGGCAGUCAGCUUAGAAAGUAGAGGUUUAUUAGCACAAACAUCACAUGGUCCUCAUGCACUUAUUUGCGCUGUUAAAUAAAAUAAAUUCCAUUAUGUCAUCUUAA